AUGCCACAUCCUGGCUCGAAUUUUUCCGUUGUUCCUUUAGCAUCAUCUUCAUUAUCUUUACCUCCGCCCAACAUCCCAUAUCCACACACACACCUCUCUAACAAUAAUGUCGAUGAUGUCUCGUCUUUAUCUUUACCAAGCAUCAACAAUUCAUAUUCACCUCUCCAGUUUUGUAACAUCAUCAAUACAGACAGGGAUAUCAAUAACAAUGAUCAGAUUGAGGGUCAGGAUCAAGGCUAUAACUCCAAUGGAAGAAGAAGACAAAUGUAUAGAUUUGAUUAUAGCACUCAUACUUUUCAUAAAGAUAGAUCUAGGCCCAAAUACAAGGCUAGCAGAAAAGUUAAUUCUUCCACUUCCUCGUCAUUAUCAUCUCUCGCAACCUCCGUCACUUCUACAUCUACCGUUUCCACAAAUUUGACCACUCCACCACGAAGAACUGAGCACGAUGUAUUCAACCAAUUGUAUCAAUAUGCAUCGCACAGUUUGAUUCAUUCAAGAUUGGCAGACACGUACAACGGCAUACCAGAAUGGAACUACUCGUUAGAAGUAGGUCAGAACCCCCAGAGAGCCAGAAUGUGCGGCUUUGGUGAAAAAGAUCGUCGCCCAAUUUCACCUUUGCCAUUUGUUAAAUUGGUAAUCACCCAAGGAGACAAAGGCCCCGUCAACAUAGAAGACGUUGACACAGCUUUCUAUGUAUGCCAAGCAGUAUUGUACGAGUAUGGAACUGAUAAAGAGGCAACAUUGGUUGUGCAUCCAGCCUCUCAAGCCAGUUUAAAAACGUCACCUUCACUAGUUAGCGCUACAGCCAACUUGGUUGGCACUCCUAUAGCGCAAGCAAGAGUCUUGCGUGAUGUAGAUAAUAAACCAGGAAUUUGGUUUAUUUAUCGAGAUUUAAGUGUUCGGACAGAUGGAAUUCGAGGCAAAAUUAACACAACAGAUAAUCAAUCCAGAAUACUUGCCACUGCAAAUUCAAAACCUUUUACUGUGUAUACUGCUAAAAAAUUCCCAGGGAUGGUUGAAAUAACACCGUUAACAAAAGCUUUCAUCGAACAAGGUUCAAAAAUUCCUUCACGAAGGGAUUUAAAGAGAACAAGGAAUUCAUAA